AAAGAAGAAAAGGAACAAAGGAUAAGCUAAGCAGAGAUACUGGGGGGCCACCCAUCCAGCCAUCACUUAUUGCAAAUGAGUUCCUGUCAUGCACCAUUCCAGGCACUCAAGAUACAUCAGUCAAUAAGCUGAAGUGUUCAGCAGCUGACAGCAUUUCCAGGUGACUAUGAUGUGUGCAUAGGUGAGCGUGUGAGCCCAUGGAUGCAAGCUCUUCUGUCUGCAAGGGCCUGCUGCCGGAGCACCUGUCUUCCCUAGGGCCUGCGUGCUUUUAACAUCUGGCCCCGGCUCCUGUUGCAGCCCGAAAUAAGGCUGUGACCCACGACAAGUCAAGAGUGAUUCUUGUCAGCUGAAGCCGGAGCUGGCAGGGAACCACCCACUCGCUGACCGCUGACUGCUGACCGUGACAGACACUGACCACACAACUCAGCCUCCCGACAGAGGUGCUAAUCUCGAGGGUCGGACACUCCUUCCUGCCCACCGUGGUCCCGUCCUCUCAGGAUGAUGGAUCCCAAGGAGCAGCAGGAUGCCGUCAUAGGGGACUUCACUGGGCCAGAACCUUCUCUGGACCUGGGGAAGAAGGUGAGCGUGCCCCAGGACCUGAUGAUAGAGGAGCUGUCGCUGCGCAACAACCGGGGCUCUCUCCUCUUCCAGAAGAGGCAGCGCCGGGUACAAAGGUUCACCUUUGAGCUUGCAGCCAGCCAGCAGGCGAGCCCCUCUGCGUUUCACUGCUCCCCCCAGACCCUGGCCGGAAGCACCAAGGGCAAGGGGCCCGAAGCAUCGGAGCCUGGGCCGGUCGCCAACGGCCCGGAGGGCCCGAACUACGGCUCCGAGCUUCGCGACUUCUCGGCUUCUCCUGGGGUCCCCGAGGGCGCCCGCCCCGCAGCCCCCGGCUACGCUGAGCCGCUGAAGAGCGUCCCGCCCGAGAAGUUCAACCACACGGCAGUCCCCAAGGGCUACCGCUGCCCGUGGCAGGAGUUCGUCAGCGGCCGGGACUACUGGAGCGAGGGCCGGAGUCACACCCCCAGCCUCGGCCACUGCAGGAAUUUCAAUAAGAUCCCCGUGCCGUUUGGAGGAGUCCUCGUGGGGGAGGCCAUUUCCAGGGCAGCCGCCCCCUUUGUCCCAGAGCCCUUCGAUGGUUUGGAACUCCUCCGCCUCAGACCCUGCUUCAACCGGAUGGCUCAGGGCUGGGUACGCAACCUCCCCGAGUCUGAUGAGCUGUAGCCCCAGCUUUCAGUUCCCCAGAAUUGGGGCGCAGGUGACGUCUGGAGCCAAGACUCGCGGACAGCACUUUACAGUUUAUGAAGAGUCUUCAUGCACAAAUCGCUAUUGCAAAUGGCCUCGAGGGUCACAAAGUUUAGUAGUCUCCAAAUGCAGAUGUGCUCCAGAAUUACCUGGGAUAUUGGUCCUGAAACAGACUUCUGCUCUGCCUCCCAUGUGCACCAUCAGAGCCUCCUGCACUGGGAGUCUCCAUUAGUACUCAGCGUUCCAGGUGACCCCAGUGUCACCCGUCCACGGUUUGUCUUGCACCUUACCCGAUGACAGAGUGGGGCACUUGCAAGGAAUCCUUGAGCAGGCCCCUUAGUUCAAGUGACGACGAGGAUGGUGCUGGUGGUGGCUGCAUUCUGUUUAGGGCCUCAGUGCGUGGCCCGGCAGUAGGUUCCCUAUGUAUUCUAUUCCCCAAUCUCUGGAUGGCUGCAUGGUACUUUUCUCCCUAUUUACACUGGUGGGUAUCCAGGCCCAGAAGAAGGAACUGUCUUGUCUAGGGCGGGCACAGUGACAAUCUGUCUGACUCAGGGGAUGUGUAUUUCUACUGUCCUGGGUGUCCAACCCUGUGCCCAGUCGCCUAUAAUCACUGGUCUUGGUGCCCUGCCUGGCAUUUGAGAGGUUAAGAGUGGAGGCUGGGGUGUCUGAUCGGAUGGGAUGGGUUCUGAUUCUACCCCCGUGAGCCAUAUGACUUUAAGGAAGUCCUGUCACGUCUUGAGGCUGAUUCUCCUUCUGUAAGGUGAGA